AUGUCCAACUUGGCAGUGGCUCGGGUGGAGCUUCUGAGUCGCAGGACGACAAAGGAAGGCAAGAUCAAGCAAAAGUUGGGAGUGGCCGGUGUGAGGGUGGACAAGUGCACGAUCUGCUUGAACCAAUUCAGGCCGCUUCAAGAAGCUUGCAUUUUCCCUUGUUUGCACAUCUUCCACGAGAGCUGCGCUUUGCAGCUGCUCAGAUCGGUCAAGAAUUGUCCUAGUUGUCGUCAGCCUAUCGCGUGA